AGUCCCACUCUACUCCGACUGUUGUGAUGAUCCGCUCAGUCCGUCUGAUCUCCCGGGAUGAACUACAGGCGGGCCGCGACGGCGACCGCUCCGAUCCACGACAGCCCGCGGGCCAGAAGCCGCGAUAACCUGCUGACGUGCGACGAUUUCCCCGAGGAUAACCGAUGGCUUGGGCAGAGCCAACUGUUGGCUCGUCUCAGCGCCGCCAAGCGCCGGCAGGCCCUGAGGGGCCCGGCCCACAUGUUCACCCCACCGUCCGGCGGUCCGUCCGAGGUGGAGCAGCGCUUCCUGGAGGCGGCCGAGUACGGCAACAUCCCCGAGGUGCGCCGCAUGCUGCUGCACGUGCCGCACCUCAACGUCAACACGGUCAACUACAUGGGACAGAACGCCUUGCAAUUGGCCGUGGCCAACGAGCACCUCGAGGUGACGGAGUUGCUGCUGGGGAGGCCCGACUUGGCUCGGGUGGGAGACGCCCUCCUGUUGGCCAUCAGUAAGGGCUAUAUCCGCAUCACUGAGGCCCUACUGGCGCACCCUUCGUUCCGAGACGCCCAUCGUCUGACAGCCAGCCCUGCUCAAGUGGACCUGCUGGAUGACUUCUACGCUUACGAUGAGGACGGGACCAGGUUCUCUCAAGACGUGACUCCCGUGAUCCUGGCGGCGCACUGCCAAGAAUACGAGAUGGUCCACACGCUGCUCAGUAAAGGGGCUCGCAUCGACCCACCUCACGACUACUUCUGCGGCUGCAACUCGUGCAACUACCAGCAGAAGUUUGACUCCUUCAGCCACUCGCGCUCUCGCAUCAACGCCUACCGCGGGUUGGCCAGUCCCGCUUACCUCUCCCUGUCCAGCGAGGAUCCGGUGCUGGCUGCGCUGGAGCUCAGCAACGAGCUGGCCAUGCUAGCCGACAUCGAGAAGGAGUUUAAGAACGACUAUUGCCGCUUAUCCAGCCAGUGUAAGGACUUUGUGGUGGGUCUCUUGGACCUCUGCCGCAGCACCGAGGAGGUAGAGGCCAUACUAAACGGAGAAACCGACUACGAAGACAGCUACGACCCGCCCGGUCGCCCUUCCCUCGCACGCCUCAAGUUAGCCAUCAAAUAUGAACUGAAAAAGUUUGUGGCCCAUCCCAACUGCCAACAGCAGCUACUAAGUAUCUGGUAUGAGAACCUACCGGGUCUCAGGCAACAGACCACCGGCGUCAAACUACUGGUGGUCCUGGCCGUGGCUACGGGGCUACCCGGGUUUUCUUUGGCGUACUGGAUCGCACCAUGUAGUAGAGUUGGGCGGGUGAUGAGAAGCCCCUUCAUGAAGUUUGUGGCCCACGCCUCAUCUUUUACGAUCUUCCUGGGCCUGCUGAUCCUGAACGCGGCGGACCGUUUUGCGGGGACCGCAUUGUUGCCCAACAUGACCCACCACAACGUGCCAGAAACGGGCGUGGACCCGAGGCUGCUCUAUCGCAUGACCACAACGCCCUUCACCUGGAUGGAGAUCCUCAUUGUCUCAUGGGUCAUGGGUAUGAUCUGGACUGAGGUGAAGGAAAUCUGGAGUCUGGGGCCCGGGGAGUACCUGGUGGAACCGUGGAACUUUCUGGAUUUUGGGAUGCUGGCCAUCUUCCUGGCGUCCUUCAGUUGUCGCUUGUCCGCCCUGAGACACGCCAGCUUAGCUCAGACUCGCGUCGAGGCGCAUUACACCGACCUGACAAAUGUCACGCUGCCUCCGGAGCUCCUCUACUUUACGCUGGGUGACAGCGGUCUUAAAUCUUUCCUGGCCAGAUACGGUAUGCAGACCUCUGCUAUUCCAACCCGGUAUCCCAUCCUGUUUUGUUUUUUACCCCCAGCACGUAUCCACUGGUUGCCGUCGGAUCCCCAACUGGUGUCCGAGGGUCUGUACGCAGUGGCGGUGGUUCUGAGCUUCUCCCGGAUCGCGUACAUCCUGCCGGCCAACGAGAGCCUCGGGCCUCUGCAGAUCUCCCUGGGCAGGACGGUGAAAGACAUUCUCAAGUUCAUGGUCAUCUUCCUGCUGGUGUUUCUGGCCUUCAUGAUCGGCAUGUUCAACCUGUAUUCCUACUACCUGGGCGUCAAGCAGAACGACGCCUUCACCACGCUGGAGGAGAGCUUCAAGACGCUGUUCUGGGCCAUAUUCGGACUGUCCGAGGUCCGCUCGGUGGUCAUCAACAACGGGCACAAGUUCAUCGAGAACAUUGGCUACGUGCUGUACGGCGUUUACAACGUCACCAUGGUCAUCGUGCUGCUCAACAUGCUCAUCGCCAUGAUCAACAGCUCCUUCCAGGAGAUCGAGGACGACGCCGACGUGGAGUGGAAGUUCGCCCGAGCCAAACUGUGGUUCUCCUACUUUGAAGAGGGACGAACCCUACCGGUGCCUUUCAACCUGAUCCCGAGUCCCAAGUCAAUGUUGGGCUUGUCCAAAGGCGUCAAGUCUCUGGCGAUGCGGUUGGCGAGGCGGCAAAGCGAGGACAAACGCGACACGCAACUGGACAAGAUGGGAGAAGGGAAGCAUUCGGCAUUCAGCGGUUCUACAAGUCCCUCCCGGUAUCAGAAGAUCAUGAAGCGUCUGAUCAAGCGUUACAUCAUCAAAGCCCGAGCCGACCGGGAGAGCGACGAAAUCACCGAAGGCGAGCUGAAGGAAAUCAAGCAAGACAUCUCCAGCCUCCGCUACGAGCUUUUGGAAGAGAAGUCUCAGAACACGGAGGCGCUGGAUGAGCUGAUGAGGCGACUUGGCGACAUCACCGCAACAUCCUGAGUUACAUUUUCUUCGUAUGGUUGCAUUUUUCAGUUUUUAAAAAAAAAACAUUUAUGCAGCUUGUAAGUUCUAUCGACUUGUAUAAGCAACUGUGCUAUCCA